CUUCAGCCUGUGUAACAUGAGUCGCUAGGCUCAGUUGAUAAAGACAAGUGUAAACUUUUGUCUGGACUUCUGAGACUCAGAAUUCUCAUAUUUUUUUCCAUCACAGUGGACACAAAAGAGUCCUUCCGCCUGGAGCUUGUACAACUGCUGUCUGUCUCUGUUGUCUGUCUCUGUUGUCAGACAAGGGAUAUGAUCUUUGUCAUUCCCAGCGCAACCACAGCUCCUGCUCCCUUCAACACCAUGGCUCGUUCCAAGAGUUCCAAGUCAUCCGGGACCUGCUGUAACCUGGUGAUGGCACUGCUGACCCUGUGGUCCAUGGUCUCCCUCAUCGUGAUCGUGGUGUGGGCCACCUCUCCUCACAUGAAGGGCUUGGCCCAGUGCAACGUAGCCCAACAGUCCCUGACCGAGAAGAUGGAGGGGGCAAAGGUUGUGUGGGAGAAGGAAAAGCAGGCCUUGCUGGAGUCUAUAAGGCUGAGCCAGGAGAACCAAACCACACUGCAGCAGGAGAUGGAGGUUGUUACUGAGAGACUGAGAGAGAAUAGCGUGUCCCUGAGCCUCAGCCUCCAGGAGAAUGCGAUGCUGCAUGUGAAUGAAACAGCACUAAGGAAUGCUAUUUUCCUGCACAGAGAGACACAGAGAAAUAUGUCCCUAGAUCUAAGUCUACAGAGAGAGCAUUUUGAGUGGUUACAAUUCAACUUCACCCAAGCUGUCCACCAGUCCCACUCCUGCUCUGCUUCAUGUGAUGCUUCAAAUAGCCAGGCGGUGGCAGCAAUGAGUCAAAUGAAAGCCUGCGAGUCCAGCAAACACUAUAUGAUGACACAAAUGGAAAGAAGAGGUUGCAAGACCAAUGGUAAUUCACCACAAGAAUCACUUCUGUUUAUUGCUCAUACACACUAUGAUUGAUAACCUCAUAUAUGCAGGCUUGUAUCAAACCAACAUGGCAUAAUAGUUUGCAAUUGCUUUAGUUUAUCUGUGUCCUACUGUCGUUUUUUUCCUACUUUCUCUCAGGAUUGUCAUCCAGAGCUUUUUGACUGUGAGGAGAGAACAAGGAUGGCCUCAUUGUUAAUCUGAAGGGUUUAUUAAUGAAUGUGAUUAACACAUACUUAUUUCACCGUG